UGGAAAGUAGCUAUUGGCUGUCCUAAAAUUCACGAAAUGACGUCAUCUGUCAAUUUGCAUAAUUUACCAUGUGAAUGUAAUUGUGAUGGACGCUGCAGGAGAGAAGAAUAAUGUCUUGGGAGAGACAAAAGAUGGACAGUCUUCUACAGAUGGGCAGGUGCAAGCAGGUACUUGUCCUAGUUAUUUUCUGUCUGUCCGCAUCAGUGAUGUACUCCUUCAUAUACCACUAUAGCACAACUGAAGAACACACCGAUCAAUUAGUUCCUCAGCAAAUAAGAGCCGUACCAUCCAUCAGUCUCAGACAACCCAAUUGCACCUGUCAGGGAGGCGGAGUGUUGGUACUGAAAGACCACCUUCCAAAAGACCGGUAUGAUGACAUAGUCAAACGAAGAGCUGAGGAGUACAGGAAGCAUCAUAUCAGGACAAGCUCCAGUCUGAACAGGCUUAUUUUAGCUCCAUCCAACACACCUCUUCAAUAUCCAAUCCAGGGGUUCACUGUUGUCCCUCUUCAGAAGACAUUGAUACCAGGUUUAGCUCUCCAUGCAGCAAAAAGACAAAGUUACAAGGUGACUCUGCGUGUGUCCAGUGGUGUCCUGGCCAUCAAGGCCCUUGGAGAGGGAGACCAAGAGGGACAGGGAGAGAAAGAGAUCACUGUCCAGUCUACCAGCCUAUCUGACCUCAACAAUCUUCUGGGACGAAUGACCUACACCAGCACUGUGUACCGGAUGAGGACUGGAGACUUGGCUCACUUCACGUUUGAACACCAUGAGGCUGUCUUCCCCGUUGUCAUCCAGCAGACAUCAAUGCCUGUUUUAUAUGACAUAGGAAAUGAUAUCAACGACCGGGUGACCAUCAUCACCAAGACGUUUCUGAGAUACACCGAGCUGCAGGUCCUCAUCAGUAGCAUAAGGACCUAUUACAAGGACGUCAAAAUCAUCAUCGCCGACGACAGCCUGGAGCCACAGAAAGUGAACGGCUCCAACAUUGAGCAGUACAUCAUGCCCCCAGCACAGGGCUGGUUUGCUGGCAGGAACCUGGCUGUCUCUCAGGUCACGACCAAAUACUUCCUCUGGGUCGAUGACGACUUCCUGUUCACAGACAAAACCAAGAUCGAGAAUCUGGUGGAGGUGAUGGAGGCCACACCAGAACUAGACGUGGUGGGGGGCUCUGUGGCGGGCCACGGCCAGUUCUACUUCUCUUUGGUGUACGAGGAGGGUAAUGGGGAGGACGGGGGUUGUCUGAACAGAAAGGGUUCAGUGAAAUACCAACCUGUUCCAGGCUUCCCUACCUGCUCCUUCACCAGCGGAGUGGUCAACUUAUUCCUCGGCCGCACCGACGCCGUGCGCAAAGUGGGCUUUGACCCCCGGCUGAAGAGGGUGGCGCAUUCAGAGUUCUUCAUGGACGGGUUGGGCAGUUUGCUGGUUGCCAGCUGUAGUCAUGUCAGCAUCGGCCACCAACCCAAAAUUGCAAACGCAAAGUACUCGUCGUUCCGACGUCAAAAAUCAAAAGAUGUAGAAGACAAACUAGCCCAACACUUCUUCAAGAACCACCUGAAAUGUAUCCGUUAUGGAUAGUUUGCAAAGAAUUACAGUGAAAAUAGAGUUGCAAUACUGAGGUGCACGAUUCCAAAUGUGUAAUCGCGGCAUCCCGCGAGGAGUAUAUAGUAGACAGUUGUGGUCAAAAAGUGAUUUCUGAGUUAUUCCUGUGUCCUGUGUUUAUGCCCUUUUUUAAGGAUAUCCUGUCUGGAUGUUCUCGCUAUUUCUGGUGUGCUUGUGUAAAUUGAUAGGGCACCUGUCUCUCUUUGAAGUAAAGCACAUGUUUGAAAUAAAAAGUAAUGGACUGGUGA